AGUCGUCGAGAUGAUUUGGAGUCUCUUGGCUAUGUUCUUAUGUACUUUUUAAGAGGAAGCCUUCCUUGGCAGGGUCUGCAAGCAGCCACCAAAAAGCAAAAAUAUGAUAAAAUUUCCGAAACAAAGUUAUCAACUCCAAUUGAGAUACUUUGCAAGUCAUAUCCUGUGGAGUUUGCUUCUUACUUCCACUAUUGCCAUUCUUUGGAAUUUGAUCAACGGCCAGAUUAUGGAUUUUUGAAGCGCCUGUUUCGUAAUUUGUUCACUAGGGAAGGAUACAAUUCUGACAAUUUAUUUGACUGGACCAUUCUAAAAUAUCAGCAGAUGCAACAGACAAAGACACAAUGUAGUCAAUCAACUGCUCCAGUUGCUGUGCCUAGCAGUCUUGAACCAGUGGAUGUGGAUAAGCAGAAAGGAGUCAAUGAUUCCACUCAAAUUGCUGUGGCAAGACCAUCGGUCAAUAUUGAUCGUCCACGUGUUAGUACGAAGAUCAGGGCAUCAAAUGAUCAGAAUCUUAAUGCCAAGGUUCAGCCAGAGAAACAUACUGUUAACAAUGGUUCAUCUGUUUCGACUGCAAUGCCGAGAGCCUAUACAGAAAAAGUCUCAAAACCAGAUAGGCAUGUAGGAAUCUCGAACCAGGGUCUUGUAUUUGGGAGUAAAACUGGUGCCUCAAACAGCUUUGUUCCUUCACUACGCCGUGUUUCAUCAACCAAACAGUAGUUACUUGGUUUGUUUCUCAGACACGGAUUUUGAAGGAGUCACUUGCAUUUUUUUUAAGCUGUUGCAAAUGUCAUGGCACUCUCUUUGUCAGAGGAACAAUAGAAUGUCAUACAAGGAAGACGCCAUAACAAUCUUCCUGAGUAUGACACGAUCCUAUCAAAUGUAUUUGUGGAUAUAUCAUGAUAUGUGAGGUAAAUGCCCCCAUUCAAGACUUGGAAGGAAGCAAAGUAAUGGCUUUGGACAAAAUUGAAGAACAAUGCAUGAUGGUAGCUGUUCAUUGGCAUCAUUGCACAAGGCUCAGGACUAUCGGUGUAAAUGGAUUAAGCCGGGCCUAUACUCUAGCCUAUAUUAGGCCAGACUUGACCUAUUAUAAAUAGUUAAAUAAAAUAGGUCUAGACUUUUAAAAAAAAGCUAUUUAAAAAG